AUGGGCAGCUAUGGUUCAGUUCAACUGGGGACCUCUGAGGAACCAUAUAGAAUGGAAAAGAAUCCUAUUGAUUACGAGAAAGCAACCGCGAGUCUGCGCCUUCCCAAGGGCCCAGGUGGUGGUCAGAUUGGGUCACUCGAAGCCGCGUAUAUUCCGCAGUCCACGGACCCCCAACCCUAUCUAGUGGCACGCGGGGUUCACUCCAUCCUGGGUUCCGGCCACCACUCCUACCGCAUUGCCUGGGCCAACAGAAUCCAAAGAGACCACUCCCCUCAAGGAUUCGCAUAUUCGGAGACCGCUGCGGAUUUGGGGAGCUGCGGCCCCGGCGUGCGCCGAGUUCAAGGGUCUCCGGUUCUUAGCGCAGAGUGUCCGGCGGCCACAGAACCGAGCGGGUCCAGUCGACGCGCCCUGCUUACUGGUGCGCCCUCAAAGUCUGCCAAGGCGUGGCGCCCAUUUUUGCUCUCACAACUGGCGCCAAGCCGAGAGCCGGGGCUCCAAGGGUCGGACCAAGGGGGCAGAAGGAGGAGGGAGCAGCAUUCCGGUAUUAGCGCCAAGUCGAGAAAGAAAGAAAAGAAGGAGAGCAGCGAGCUGCAGUUUGCUGCACACCCGCCACCAGAGACAUUUCAGACAGAAUUAAGCCUUUUGAAGUCGACCACUUACUGUGGUUUAAUUGACACUGUUCAACUGAGUGACAAUUGUUCAGUUGGAUGGGGGCGAUACACUCCCCGCUUAUUUUUUAAUUCGCAAAAUAAGAUUUGAAGCCUUG